AUGGUGGAAGACGAGUAUGUUGAACCUGAUGAGGAUGAACAUCAAACGGUGGCACAUAUGACAACAUUGAAGAAAACUCGUGCAAGAGAUGGGUCAACAUUGUAUUUUAUCUACAAUGCAGUAGAUGAGUCGGGAUUCGAAAAGAUAGCGAAUGCCAAAUCAGCAAAAGAAGCCUGGGAGAUAUUGGAGGUUGCGUAUAAAGGUGACAAGCGCGUUAGACAAGUCCGAAUACAAGCUCUCAGAGGAGAGUUUGAACAGUUGAAGAUGGAGCCCAAAGAGCAUAUAACCGAGUACAUAACUCGAGUGGUGAAGGUGGUCAACCAGCUCAAUAGGAAUGGAGAACAAAUUCCAUCUAGCCAGGUUGUGGGAAAAUUUUUGAGAUCUCUUACAAAAGAUUUCGAAAGUAUCGUGUGCGCCAUCGAAGAAUCGAAGGACUUGUCGGUUCUCACAGUGGAUGAACGUGCUGGAGCUGAGGUCCUGGAGGUAGAGGGCGAGGAAGCCGAGGACGAGGUGGACAUGGCCGAGGUAAUUUUGAGAAUGAUGAAGAGCAAACUGGUCAGCAGAAUUGGCAUGACCGAGGACAAAGGAAAGGCCGAGGAGAUCGGUCAAGAGGCUGGUCAUAUUGCAAAGUAUUGCAAGACCGAGACAAAGGGGGAGAUGAAUCUCGUUACUGAAGAUGCAGAAGAAGAUGUAGAAGAACUGUUGCUGGCAAAGAGCAAACCGGUCAGCAGAAUUGGCAUGACCGAGGACAAAGGAAAGACCGAGGAGAUCGGUCAAGAGUUGAGUGUUUUAAGUGUGACAAGUACGGCUGGCCAUAUUGCAAAGUAUUGCAAGACCGAGACAAAGGGGGAGACAAAUCUCGUUACUGAAGAUGCAGAAGAACUGUUGCUGGCAAAGAGCUCGGAUACAUUGGACAUGGAAAAUUCGGUCUCAAUAGUGGAUGAAGUGAUCUCG